AUAUAGUCUACCCCGCAAGUAUUGUUAGGUAUAUAAGGCUAUUUUAAAUAUUUUUUGGGGUUCAUAUAUAUUAUUUCGUAAUUUUUAUUGAUAAAGGAUCAAUCUUCGGCUGAUUCUAUUUGGGCCCUAGAUUUUCAAAUUUUUAUCCAAAUCGGUUUAAUUUUAUUUUAUUUUCAAUAUAAAUCAGUUUAAUAUACAUUCCAGAUGGGAAGAGUUAUUAGAAGUCAGAGGAAGGGUAGAGGUUCCGUGUUUAGAGCCCAUACCCACAAGAGGAAGGGCCCAGUCAAGCUCAGACGCCUCGACUACGCAGAGACACACGGUUAUAUAAGGGGUGUUGUAAAGGAUAUAGUUCAUGACCCCGGAAGGGGAGCCCCCUUGGCUAAAGUCGUCUUCAGAAAUGCAUACAAGUAUGGACUUGAUAGAGAGUUGUUCGUGGCUGUUGAGGGACUUUACUCAGGCCAAUUUGUCUACUUCGGAGCAAACGCAUCCCUGGCAGUAGGUAACUGCUUACCACUUGGGAAAAUGCCCGAAGGUACAGUGGUUAGCUGCCUUGAGGAAAAGAAAGGUGACAGAGGAAGAGUAGCAAAGACAUCGGGAAGUUAUGCAACAGUAAUUAGUCAUUCUGAUGAUGGAAAAACUACAAGAAUCAGGCUCCCUUCUGGAACCAGGAAGACAGUUAGUUCAGCAGCCAGAGGUAUUGUGGGAGUUGUUGCCGGCGGUGGAAGAAUUGACAAGCCCCUCCUUAAAGCUGGUGUAGCGUAUCACAAGUAUAAAGCCAAGAGAAAUUGCUGGCCUAAGGUCAGAGGUGUGGCAAUGAACCCAGUUGAACAUCCUCAUGGUGGUGGUAAUCAUCAGCACAUUGGACACCCCUCAACAAUAUCCAGACUUGCUCCGCCAGGACAGAAGGUUGGUCUCAUCGCCGCCAGAAGAACAGGUCUCUUACGUGGUAGUAAAAAGAAGAAGUUUGCUAAAGAAUCUUAAUUUCUUUAUCCCCUUGAA